AUGUCAGAUACUCCACUGGACCUAUUGAGGCUUAAUCUAGAUGAGAGAGUGUAUGUAAAGCUCAGGGGCGCACGCAAGCUGAGCGGGACACUGCAGGCGUUUGAUUCGCACUGUAACAUUGUGCUUUCUGACGCAGAGGAGACCAUUUACCAGCUGAUCGACGGGGAGCUGAAGUCGGAAACGAAGAGCUCGGAGAUGGUGUUUGUGCGUGGGGACAGCGUGACGCUUGUAACGGCAGCAGCAGAUGAAUGA